AUGGCGACAGAAAAGCGCAAGACCACGGUCAUUAUCGUCGGGAGCGGCCUCACCGGUCUGACUCUUGCACUGAUGUUGCAACAACUCGGCGUCGAUUAUCUCCUCCUCGAAGCCUACGACAGCUGUACUCCCAAUGUGGGAGCCAGCAUUGCUAUCCAGCCUCAAGGGCUUCGCAUCUUCCACCAGCUGGGCAUUCUCGAAGACGUUGAGGCCAUCUACCAACCUCUUGUUCAAGCCAUAAGUGUAGACGGAGACACGGGCAAAUUGCACCUCAUUGAAACGACAGAAAUCUUGAAAGAGCGGCACGGUUAUGAAAUCGGUUACUUCAACCGUUACGAUUUACUCUGUGUCCUGCAUAAGCAUAUACGCGAGAAAGAGCGCCUUCUUGUCAACCAAAAGAUUAUUCGUGUUGAUGCCUUAGAAGAUAAAGCCAUCGCAUAUACUUCGACUGGAGAUGUGUUCGAGGCGCAGGUGGUCAUUGGCGCCGACGGCGUGCGGUCCACAGUCCGUAACGAGAUGUGGAGGAAUGCCGAGGUGGCGGGUGCUGUUCCUGAGGAGGACAAGAAAGUAUGCUCAUCCGUAUCGACAGAGAUUAUCUGUGACUGGGCCACCUGCUUUGGUGUGUCCGAUUACGGCGCUUCACUACCCCGCGGUCAAGUUGGCAGUGUUGCAGGUGACGGAUAUAACGCGGGAUGGAUGGUUGGCAAAGAUGGACGUUGUUUCUCCUUCUGGUUUUUCAAGCUCCCCGAAGAAUCCCGCAAGAUCACCUACAACACCAUACCCCGGUUCACCAAAGAGGACCACGAGAGAGAAAUUGCUCGUGGCAAGGAGCUUCUCGCUAAAGUGCCAAGGAAGAAUGGACUCCACAUAGACUUCGAUCAGCUAUACGACCAGAGGCACCCGAUUAAUUCCGGCAUCACAGCCUUACCCCAUUUUGUGUUGAAGAAGUGGCACUACGGCCGCAUCGUGGUUAUUGGAGACUCCGCACACAAAUUCAACCCGCUCCCCGGCCAUGGCGGUAUGAACUGCUUAGUUUCAGCAGCUACACUUAUCAAUUGCCUUCAAGAAAGCCUGGGCGACAAGCUCAAGAGUUCACAAGUCUGGGACAUGGCCCCGUUGAAUGAGGCAUUUACCAAGGUGGCCGAAAUGCGGGUCGAGAAGGUAAAAUCUGCCGUUGAGUCAUCUGAGGAUGCCAUGAACACGAUGGGAUGGGGCAGCUGGUACAAGAAGUUCCUAUACAAGGUCCUCGUACCGACACUUCCCAACUCUAUGCAGGCCAACGACGCCACCACGGUGAUCCAAGGCAGCGAUGCGCUCCAAGGAUGGGAUCUCCCCGACGUCCCACACACGGUCUUGUAUGCCGACGAGGAGAGGCGGUUGAAGAAAAAGAAGUCUGCUACCCUCUCACCAGCGACGCUGCUGUUGACCGCUACUGCUACAGCCGUAGGGGGAAUUGUGGCGAUGAGAACUAUGCAGAAGCACCCUGAGUUGCUGGUAAACGGUUGGAGAACUUUGCAAUCUGUAGCUGUGUGA